GUUAGGUGAGUAGGUGUGAUUGUGUUUAUUUUUAUAAAUUAUUUUAAAAUCAGACAAACAAGUUAAUAAAAAUGGGAAAGGGUCAGAAGAAAAAUACUGCAAGAAAGCGAAAAGUAAAUUUAGUUUUUGAUGAAGCUAAACGAAAGGAUUUUCUUUGUGGUUUCCGGAAAAGAAAGUUAGAGAGAAAAAAGAAAGCACAGGAGGAGCUGCAACGAAUGUUAAAAGAAGAAAAACGGCGAAUAAAACAAGAGAAUAAGGAGUCAUACAAGAAGCUUGUAGUGUCCAGCCGCCCCAUUCCAGAUAUAGAACAAUUGCUUCAAGAGGAGGAGUAUGAGGAUGAUGAUGUUAAUGUUAAAAUUGUAGAACUCUCUUCAGAAACACUACAAAAGAGAGACAUAGUCAUUGGUGAGAACAGACCAAAAGUUACUGCACUAAAAAAACAAGAUAAAAUAGUCAAAAAUGACUCCAAUGAAAUACCAGGAAUGAACACACAAGAAGAAAGUAUAUCAGAAGAAGAACACUCAGAUUCUGAUGAUAAAAAUUUAAAAUCAAAGAAAGAAGUAAAAAAAAUACUAAAGAAACAGGCUACAAAGAAAUUACAGAAGAGCAAAGUGUUCCAGAUGAAAUCCAAGUUAGACAGAGUACAGAAUAGGAAAACACAGAAAAAGAAAGUCAAAAAUGAUCAGAGAAAAGAGAAAUCUAAAAAGAAAAAUCAUAGAAAGAAACACUAGGGACGUACUUGUUGUAAAUUGACAUUAAAUGAUAUACAAUAGAA